CGUAUUAAAUCCGCACUAUUAAAUUUUUGGUGCAUUUUUAUUAGAGAAAUAAUUUACUUUAAACUGUGAACGAAGACGACUGGUAGAAAAAAAACUGGCAGUAAUGACAACACAGUGGCAUUUUACUAAAGGCGACCUUCACGAUACACCUACGAUCUUGGAUGGAAGAACUUUUGAACAAGAGCAGAUCGAUAGACUGAAAGGUUGUCAUUACCUGCUAUCCGUCGGUGCUAAACUUGCAUUACCACAAUUAGUCGUCGUCACUGCCAGUACAUACUUUCAUCGAUUCUUUAUGAGACAAUCAAUGAACAGGUUCCACGUAUAUGAAAUUGCCGCAACAUGUUUGUUUGUUGCUACCAAGGUGGAGGAAUGUACACGACGAUUAAAGGAUAUUGUGAUUGUCUGCGCUCAAAAGAGUCAAAAGAACGACAAGCUAAGGCUAGAAGAAGACUCAAAGGAUUUCAUACGUUGGAAAGAAUUGAUGUUAUAUCAUGAGAUUAUUGUUUUAGAGACAUUGUGCUUUGAUUUAUCAGUAGAACAUCCGCAAUUACAGCUAUUAGAACUAGAAUCACAGUUAAAAGUGCAGCCCUCUUCAGUAAGGAAAGCUUGGACACUAUUAUAUCAAAGUCUUGGUGCUCCUCUAUGUGUCUUGUAUAAACCAAAGCUUGUAGCAGCAGCAGCUCUAUUACUUGCAACAAAUCUAUCUUCUUCAGACAAAUUAAGCGAGAACUGGACAGAGACAUUUGACGAUAUUGAUGUUGGACAAAUAUACGAAUUGGCUGCUGAAAUGCUAGAACAUUACAUGGAGCAUUAUCUACAGAAAAACUCUAGUUCAUCUCAAGCAAACUCACCACAUCCUUCUCAACUUCAUCAUACUACUAAUGGUCAUUGACCGCUAUUCUUUAAUUGUAAUAAACCAUUUCCUGAAAUAGAUUGCACGCAUACAUAAAUAUAGUCUUUGAUUUGAUUGCAUGUUUCUUAACAGCAACUGUCGUUUAGAUAUGCGACGAUAUAUCCGUUGCCUCUAGUUACACAGACUAGUAGACAAUUAGAAAGAUGCUUUCUUUCUAACAUGUACUAUUUAGUUUGGUAUUAUCAUGCGCUUAUUGGUGAUACUAAACUGUACAAGGCUAGCGAGAUGGACUUGAGUGAAUCCUAUAAGCUAUUCCAAUGUACUCUCCGUAUAUUUUCUUGAGGGGAGGGAGGUCAUUGAGAUCUAUUGCAAUUCUCCUGUUGUUGCUUUCAAAUGGGCACAUUGGGGGAACCAUGGCAGGUGGUUUAUCUGUCAAAGUAGGAGAUAAUAAAAAAAAAACUAGAAGUAUAUGCAACUAAUAAAGUAGUCAAAAUACUGGGUGUUAUUGUG